AGCGACGAGACGGAUUGUCAUCAGCGCGGCAUUUUUUUUGCAAAGGACGCGGUGCAUUAGCGACAUAGUUCGUUGCAAUAGCCGGGUCGACGAGGCCUGAGCACGCAUAAGCCCUCGACGACGUAGCCCGCCACGAGCGGCUCCCGCCCCAGGACUCCACGUAGACCGCAACCCUGCCACGAUGGUCCGGCGGCGCGCCGCAGCGCUGGUCCUGGGCCUGCUCCAUGCGGCGAAUCCCUUCGUCCUGCCCGGGCCGCGCGUCGCGGCCCUCCACAUGCCGCGCCGGCCACAGCUGCGACCACCGACCGCGCUGCAGAUGGCCCGCGACCUCUACGAGACGCUCGGCGUGCCGCGCGGCUCCGACGAACGCACGAUCAAGCGCGCCUUCCGCGACGCCGCGAGAAAAUGGCAUCCCGACGUGAACGACACGCCGGAGGCCGCCGAGCGCUACAAGGAAAUUAGUCAAGCGUACGCGACGCUGAGCGACCCGGACAAGAAGCAGCGCUACGACAUGUACGGCGAGACGGGCCUGGGCGGCGGCGGCGGGCCGGGCGGCGGCGUGGAAGUGAACCUGGAGGACAUUUUUGAUAGUUUCUUCGGCGGCGGCGGCGGCGGCGGGUUUGGGGGAGCUAGGCGGCAGCAGAACGGUCCGAUCCAAGGCGACGAUCUGAGAGCCGAUCUGGAACUAGACUUCAAGACGGCGUGUUUUGGUGGGCAAGAAAAAGUGCGAAUCAGUCACUUGGAGAAGUGCGAGACGUGCGAGGGCUCGGGCGUGAAGCCGGGCGCGCAGGUCCGGUCCUGCGCGACCUGCAAGGGGAGUGGAGUGGUCAUGCAGGUCACGCGGACGCCUCUAGGGAGUUUCCAGACGCAGACGGUCUGCCCGACGUGUCGCGGCGGCGGCCAGAGCGUCGACGCGUACUGCACGCAGUGCUCGGGCCAGGGCGUCUCCAGGAAAGCGAAGCAGGUGUCCGUGACGAUCCCCUGCGGCGUCGACACGGGCAACAAGCUCCGCGUGGCCGGCGAGGGCGACGCCGGGUCGCGAAACGGCCCGGCGGGCGACCUGUACAUCUUUCUGAGCGUCAAGAACCUGAAUGGUUUCGAACGGGACGGCGUGGACGUCACGACGCGACUGUCCGUCGACGCCUACGACGCGAUCCUAGGCUCUUCAGAAACCAUCGAAACGUUGGACGAGCCCUCGUUCAGCGUGGACGUGCCGGCGGGCACGCAGCCGGGCACGAAGCUGCGGCUGAAGGGCAAGGGCGCGCCCGCGUUGGGGAAGGCGACGCAGCGCGGCGACCACUACGUCGUGGUGGACGUCGCGAUCCCGAAGAAGCUCGACGGCGACUCGAAGAAACUCGUGGAGGAGCUGCGGGACAAGCUGCGCAAGUAGUUU